AUGGGAGGUGUAUCUUCUUCAACAGCAAACUCUACUGAUUCUAAUAAAUCCGAUGUAUCGCCGAGCUCAUCAGUUCCUGACAAUUCCCAUAAUCACAAUUCAUCCACAACCUCAUCAAACUUUCCUAUGUCCUCGGCAGAUUCUUCAGUUGCCACCGAAACUUCUGAGGCAUCAGAUCAAUCAAAGAAACUCACUGAUGCCAAUGGAGAUGAAGGUCAAGAAGAGGAAGAGGAAGGAGAGUGUGCGUUUUGUGUGUACAUGAAGGGAGGUGGGUGCAAAGAUGCAUUUAUAGCAUGGGAGGAUUGCAUCAAGGAGGCAGAGGAUAGCAAGGAGGAUAUGGUGGAGAAGUGCCAUGAGGUUACUCGGUCCUUGAUGAAAUGUAUUGAGGCUCAUGCCGAUUAUUACGAGCCAAUUUUACGGGCAGAGAAGGCUGCUAAAGAAGAAGCUGUGAAAGAAUUGGAGAAGGAAAAGGCAGCGAAAGAAUCAGAAUCAAAUGUGGCUGAAAAGGAAGUGGUGAUAGUUGUGGAUUCAACGGAUUGA